GUAGUAUUUGCACUUGUACCUAGGACCACAAGAACGCGUACCAGGAGAGACUGCGAGAUCAUCAAUUCUCGUAUGUCGAGGCGACUAGGAGUCAUCUGGUCGCUCAGGAGCGGUCCGCAAGAACACUUACUUCCUCGAUCGAAGAAGCUGAUAUCACAACGAGCAACAACAUCGGUAUAUAUGUCCUUGUCUCGAAGCAACAAGUAGAUUGCUCUCGUCGGUCUGCACUACUUGGUUUUUUUCGGUAUUUGUGCUCGAGGAGGCUCUUUUUCAGAUGGCCGCCAAUUUGAUUGGCAAGCGCUCGGAUCAUAGAGGCGAUGCAGCACGAAGCAGUGCGACCAAACGGGGUAAUAACACUUAAACAGCAGUACGAGGGGAGAUUCGAUUGUACGUAUCGUAAUCAGCUAUAGCGAAGUGUAAGAAAGUGCACUGCUUAUGCUUUCACACAGUAUCGUGUACCCUGUGUGUUAGGUUUUUUCGACAUGUGAAUCGUGCGUGAAAUCGUCAGAAUCGCGGACGAGAUGAAAUAAACCAUAAACUACACAAGAAUCGUUUCCUACAUCGCUCCCUCGCAGAUCGCUCUAAUAUUCCACCCAGGAAAUUAUAAAAUCGGCAGUCGUAUCUCGUCUGUUUAUCGACAUGUGAAAUUUGGCGAAUUCGACGAAUCUCUACCGUGUAAGAUAAAGAAAAAAUCGCAAAACAACUAAGCAAGCACAGAGUUUGCACACAUACAAAAAAAGAAGUUCAGGAACGAUCAUGGGAGCCUCCUCGAGCAGUUCCGACGCGGCUCCAUCCGGUGGAGCAGGACAGAGGGGCUCGAGGACCAGUAGAGAUAGGCGUGGCGGCCAGUUGCCUGACCUGGCUCCCGAUGCAACGAUGAUCAUCGACGACGGAACUGCUAUCCCACCCGGGCAAGAAAGACAGAGUCAAGAACAAACCCGUCUUCUGCACAACGGGUACAACUACCUGGACGUACCAGGUGGAGCUCGAUCUUCUUCGAGCGGCUACGAUUACAACUUUGCGCAGACACAGCUGCAACAGCCUAGAAUAUUAUCCGCAGACUCUCCCGUGAAGGAAAUCCUGCCGGACCCGCGUCGGCUGCCCAAAAGACGGCCCCCGGCGGCACCCGCCGAGGAUUCCUCGAUUUUUGCCUGCUGCAGUUCGGAUCCGUGUUGCGGGCCCGACGAGCGACAGGACGAGAUUCGACCAAGCCCGCAGAAGCGAAUGGUGCGCCCGAAAGGAGGUGAGAGGUCAUCAUAAUUAGUGUCUAGGCUCGCUUUAUUCUCUCUUUUUCGUUGCCCUCCUGUAUAACUGCUCUAAUUUGAACUUGCAAAUGCAGAGUUUGUCUUGGCGUUUGGGUUUGAUAAAAAGAAAAUGAAGGUCGUGCAACAUCUAGAAACAAGAAGUCUCGAUUUAUGCAAAAUAUCACAAUCCUCGAUCGAAACAAGCUCAACAACCACCCUAUUCCCAUCUUCAGGUCCCCGCAGCUCCGGCUUCAACACGGGCACCUACGAAACCACCCACGACGCGGAACUGGCCGCGUUGAUUAUCCUGAGUAAAAACACCCCCACACCAGAGUCAAGAUGGUGAUUUUGCAACACAAACCUAGAACUUUUGGGGGUCACGCAUCACAAGUUGCAGUCCGUAGUGUAGUGCAGGUUCGCAAGGCCAGCUGCAUCAGAAAUCCAUCUGCUCAUCCUGUUUACAGCGUUACAAAUUCCAAAACACGACUAAAAAUGCCUCUCCUGGCGAUGCGCAUUACAAAUGUUUUCGUCAUUGCAAAUCUGCAUUACAACUCUGGUGUGGGUACGUUUUUACUCAGGAUAUUGAUGGCGAGAAGUCCACCGCCGAUGCCGAGGAGCAGUGUCCGGUUGGACAACUACCACGUGUACAACGGGGAAAAUGUGCUGUAUGGAUGUGUCAGGUUUGAAAUCGUCAGAGUUGAAAUAGUUUGUCAUGCAUAAAAUGGAUGCCAGUUGGAGCCCAGUUUUCAAGUGGCGCAUGACAAGUUUUGGUGGUGCCUAAAUCCAGUUUGUAAUGCUGUUUGGGUAAGGAAGACGCCUUUUGUCAUGCUACUUCAGCAGCUCUAUUUCUACCCCUCAACAGGCUUGCAAUAUGCCUCCCUUGCCUACUGUGCAAGACAGGCGCUUUGCGGGUUGCAUUUUAUGCAUCACAAAUUAUUUCAACUUUGACGAUUUCAAUCCUGACGCUUCCAUAUGCUGAACGAAGCGAGGAGGGAGAGCAACAGUCUGUCCAGCAUGAUAGAGAACUUCGUCAGCACGUCCGGCUCCGCGUCGGUCCCCGUCGGCCUCCGCGGCGGGUUGGACGUCCCCCCGCUGCUCUACCCCGGCACCUUUCACGACUACCGCGACACUUUGUCGCAGAGCAGAAAAUCUACGUCGUUGUUGGGCGGAACAAGCUCGCCCGGAAAUUCACCCCGAGGUGCGACAGUCAUCCAGGAAAUCUCUUUGAACAACUACGACGACCAGAAUUUCAACACCAACGACAGGUUACUCCGCUCGCAAAACAGCAGAAGUGCACUGGAGGAUAAGAGGUUCUACAAUUCCGGUGCGAACUACGCCGGGUAUGGUAGUGGUGUCGUGAUGGGCGGCGGUGCUGGUGGUAGCGUAGUUCUCCCCCCGCAAACCUCUCUGCCGGUGCCGCUGCAGGUUAUCGACCAGGGGCCGUCGCUAGAUCAGUACCAACGAGUCGGAGGGGGUAGCAGUGUCGUCAAUGUGCAGCCCCCGCAGCCGCAAACGCCAGCUUCGCUGGUACGAGAACUUCUACAAAGUUAGUUCUCACAAUUUUUUAAGAAGUGACUGUGAUACACGAUACACGAUAAACAUCAUCAUGUGAUACACUUUAGAGGAAGAUCGAAGCGAGACUAAACUCGAUGAGGUUCAUCUUUUUGUACAAAAAUGAAAACAAAAAUCGAAUAUACUCAGGUCGGCGGCUCCUACGCAGCAGCUUUCAGGGCGGUACCGUGAAGAAUCAAUAUGGCCGGCGCCUAAGGAAAUGAAAAGUCUUUACUGUUCCAGUCUGCCAAUCCGUUCAUUAAAGUAACGUAUACAAUAAGUCUUGUACUAUCCACUGCAGCCAUGCUGCUUCUUCGUUAAUACAGUCCUUAUCCUUAAUACCCAAUUUUGUACACCCGUGGGCUUCUGGUCUUGAAAAUCCAUUGUACGCACACGUUUGAUCGUACUAGGACGCUUCUGUAUCUAAGUCUAGCGAUGAAAUAUGUCUUGUCUUUCGCACAACGAGGAUGUGGAUGACCAUCCUGCAUUCUGUCCCACCAUCUGGAUCGCAGUUGAGUCUGCCUUUUCAAAUAGGCCUGUCAUGAUCUUCUACUAGAACCAAAAUACCGUUUUUUCCGUUAUUUUAACCAUAUUUGUUCCAAU